UUUAAGUUUCAUUUGCUUAAGUAGGCCGGGUGGUGCUUUGGGCUUUGGUUAUCUGUGCCCUUGCAGAAAUGUAAUUUCUCAACUUAACUACUACUUUGUUUCACCAAGACUAUGAGCUUGCCUAGAGGCAAACAAUCCUCCUUACUCUCUUUAGAAGAAGAUCUACUCAUAAAAAAGAUCCUUCUCACUCAUGAUCCUAAUGCCACUCACCUCGAUUCUGCAUUGUUACUUCUUGGUGUUCAGAAUAUCGUUUCUCACAUUAUGUCAAAGGAUUCUGAUCCAACUGAUACCAUCACUCCAUGUAAUGUUGGAGUUGCUGGACUAGAAGAAACACUAGGGCAGACCAUCUAUAAGAUUUCACAUGAGAUUUUUAGCAUAUGUUCUAAUGGCAUUGAUGAACAUGCAAAAACAAUGCUGCUCUUUGAACUUCUAAGCCAUUUAAGAUGGGAUGCUAAAGUAGUAUUGGCACUUUCGGCAUUGACAUCUACCUAUGGAGAGCUAUUGCUCGUGCUACAGCAACUCCCUCAUAGUCCUUUGGCUGCUCUGGUUGCGGCACUCAAGCAAUUACCUCGCAACUUAACUGCUUUGAAGAUACAGUUCAAGGCUUUGAAUUUGUUGAUUAACACAAUGGUGGAAUUAGCAAAAAUUAUUGUCCGGUUUGAAGGACUGCCUUUGCAACUAGUACUUUUGGAUCACCAGGCAAUUGCUGCUACCAAGUCUAAAAUCUGCAUUGCAACUUACUGGAUUUUGAGAAGCUCGUUAUCGUGCUUCUCUCUUCUUGCUGACUUGAGGACUGUAAAAGAUGAGCAAGUGCAUUCAAAUAGAACAGCAAUUGCAUCAUGGGCUCUCUUCAGUCUGGUAUACAAGUUAAGUGGGUUAUACCAUGAGCUUAGAGAGCAAGUGGAUGUGUGCUGUCAGCAAAUAGAGACAAGGUUUCCUGAAGAGCUGUUGAAUGUUUUUAAGUUAAACCAUCUAGAUAACCAAGAGGUGCUUCAGAUGCUUUUUGCCUUGAGAGAUAACUUGCCUUUGAAAAACUAUUCAAAAGAAAUGUGUGGCAUCCUUGAAUUGAAAGGCAAGGAGGUUAUGUUCUUGAUAUCAAAGCCAGAGAUUUUCUCAAUGGAGAAAGUCUUUUUUCUGAUGCAACAGACAUAUGAUCAUCCCCAUCGCAAGAAUUUACCGGGAAGCUAUGUAAUUUUAUGGGUCCCAAUUGCCACCUCCGAUGUUUGGAGUCACGCUGAUGAGAUAACUUUCCAGUUUUGGACGAAUUCGUUUCCAUGGUUCUCUAUCAGGCAACCUAGGUUACUAAAUUCAGAUGUUGUGCAAUUUAUUAGGCGAGAAUGGAAUUAUAACGAGGAACCCAUAAUGGUCAUCUUAAACUCUGAUGGAGUAAUUACAAACUUGAAUGCAUUGGAUAUGGUGUGGAUCUGGGGGGCCAAAGCAUUUCCCUUUUCAACUUCAAAGGAAAGGGAGCUGUGGGAAAACCAGAAGUGGAGCCUGCAAUUCAUAACUGAUGGUAUUGACCCUUUGUUGUCCCACUGGGUCGAGGAAGGCGAAAAAUAUAUCUGCAUUUAUGGAAGUGAUGACAUAGACUGGAUAAGAAACUUCAACAGUAGGAUGGACAAAAUUAAGCGUACAGGAGUUCAGCUCGAGGUGAUUUAUGUCGGGUGGAGAAAUCCAACCGAAAACAUCAUAGACGCCAUCCGUCAAGAAAACUCAAGUGUGGUGUUCCUCAGUUUCGCGAAAAUGCAGCUUUUUUGGCUUCGGAUGGAUAGUAUCAGAAACUCGGUUAUGCGACUAGGCAUUGAUAGUAAUGUGAAAGGCGAGGUGAUGGGGUUGUUGGAUGCUGUAGAAAAUCGGAAGCAAUGGGGGGUGAUCGGGAAGGGAUCAUCAUCACCCGAGAUAAUAACACUUCACGACAGAAAACUCCAGGAAUGCUUUGAUCUCUUCCCGGAAUGGGGUGAAAGUGUGGGGAAGCUUGGAUUACUAGGUGCUAUUAGAACUGCCAUGGAGUCUCCUCUGCCUUCCAAGCCCUGCUAUCACUCGGUAACACUUCCAUAUCAGAAAGAAGUGAGCCAAGAAACCGUAUUUUGCAGUGAGUGUAGGCGCCCCAUGGAGAAGUAUGUUGUUUACAAAUGUGAUGUUACAGAUUCUACAGUUGAAUAGGCUGGCAGAAAUAACUUAUGGAGAAGAACAUGGCUAGAACAAGCCUGUCCUUUAUGACGACUAUUUUUUUUUUUUUUUUUUUUUUCUCUUUGGUGAUGAACCAAGUGUUGUGAGGCCUAUUUUACAAUAAAGAUACCAACAUUUAUAAAGCAUUGCUAUUUUCAGUGAAA